AUGAAGACCACGAACCACAGCAGUGUCAUAGACAUGUUUGAAGAAGAAAAUGUGGUCAAGAUUUGUGCACCAAUGGUUCGAUAUUCAAAACUAGCUUUCAGGUCGUUAGUGAGGAAGUACAACUGUGACAUUUGCUUCACUCCAAUGAUAGUUGCAUCCGACUUUGUGCGAUCAGUCAAAGCCAGAGACAGUGAAUUCACCACAAAUGAGUGUGACAGACCCCUGAUUGUACAAUUUGCUGCCCAUGACGCUCAGACACUGGUUGAUGCAACGCGUGCUGUUUCACCGUUCUCAGAUGGUGUUGACCUUAACUGUGGAUGCCCCCAGAGAUGGGCCAUGUCCGCAGGAUAUGGCGCAUGCCUCAUCAACAAGCCUGAACUGGUUAAAGACAUGGUCAGACAUGUCAGGAACCAAGUGGACAAACCAAACUAUACAACGUCCAUAAAAAUAAGAAUUCACGAUGACCUGAGGAAGACCAUUGAUCUGUGCCAGAAGGCUGAGUCAGCAGGUGUGUCGUGGAUCACAGUGCACGGCCGUACUUCUGAGGAGCGUCACCAGCCAGUCCACUACGAUGCCAUAAAGACAAUCAAAGACAGCGUGUCCAUUCCUGUUAUUGCAAACGGGGACAUAAAGUACCCACGUGAUGUGGAGUCUAUUCAUCAGCUAACUGGUGUUGAUGGUGUGAUGGUAGCGCGAGGGUUGCUCGCUAACCCAGCGUUGUUCGCCGGGCAUGAGGAUACACCUUUGGAGUGUAUAUGGGACUGGGUGGACAUCUCUGUACAACAGGGCACUCCUUUUACAUGCUUUCACAAUCAUCUCAUCUACAUGCUUGAGAGGGUGACCUCUCAGCCUGAAAGAAAAGUAUUUAAUUCUUUAUGUAGUACAUCAGCGGUAAUAGACUACCUGCAGAGUACAUAUGGCUUGGUGCAUGAGUUUGGAACAUGA